AUGUCUUUUGAAAAGCCUCGUCUUCACCUCGACUUCAACUCUCCCUCUUACCCUCCUCUCACCUACUCUCCCAACGCCAGUUCCGCCUCCUCCCCUCCUACCACCCCGCCGAGCACGGCGCCUUUCAGCGGCUUUGCGUCAAAGCAGUACGCUUCGCCCUUCUCCCCAACCCGGCGGUCUUUGGCCACGUCCCCUCUUUCUCCGUCGAGCCCUACAAUGUCUGAAAAGAGUGAAAAGAGUAUGAGGACGCCCCCGAGGAUUGUGAUGGGCGCGAUGGUCAGUACGUCGCCGAAGAGUGACUGUGAAGAGGAAUGUUCGUUGGAAGUACCGGGCAUCGUCUUGACCGAACCAUCCCAUGUCGACCCCCGCCCCCGUCCUCCCCCCAAACAAACCGUCCUCCUCGCCCCCACCUCCCUUCCCCUUGCUCCGCCCGGCUCUUCCCCAUACGGCCACUCGUCCCAAUCAUCCAUCUCGUCUAAAUCAAAACACCAAUUUUCCCCCGCUCUCCUCUCAUUCCUCAACGGCGGCGCCCCUUCUUCUUCGUCCGUGCUCUACGCGCCCGCGCCUGGGAUGGGUCAGAGCGGGAGCGUCAGUGGGAGCCAGAGGAAGAGCAGGAUGAAGGCGUUGGUGUUGUUGGGCGUUGUGGUGCUUGGUGGAUGGCAUCUGUGGAGUAGUAUGAUGGAGGGAGACUUUGGAGGACUUGUGGAAGAGGCAGGAGAAUUGCUCUAA